CCAAAUUAUCCACACGCACGCGCCUCCGGUUCUCACUCCCAACUUCCCAAGCUCACACGCCGCGGCGGAGCACCACCGCGGCCGCCCACCAUGACCUCCGCCUUCCUCUCUCUGCGCCUGCCCACCCCCUCUCCCUCCCACGCCGCGUCCUCCCCUUCCCUCCCCUCGCCUCUGCUCCGGCAGGCGCGUGGCGGCGUGGCGUCCUCGGCGCUGGUGGCGCGGGCGGCAGGGCCGGCGGGAGCGGCGGGGGCUCCGUCGCCGCUAUUCAACCCCCGGGGAGACCCGUUCCUGUCUACCCUCGCAGCCGCCUCACCGGAGGACCUUGCGGCCGCCGCUGGCGGCGAGCGCCGUGGAGAGGACCAUCUGCCGUUCCUCGAGAUCUUCCAGAACGCCAAGCUCAUGGCCUCGCCCGCGCAGGUGGAACGGUCUAGCAGCUCAUACAGUCAGCACAGGCCUAGAAGGCCUCCUCCAGAUUUGCCUUCAUUGCUUCUUCAUGGCCGAAUUGUUUAUAUUGGCAUGCCGUUGGUACCAGCAGUGACUGAGCUCGUUGUUGCCCAGUUGAUGUACCUUGAAUGGAUGAACAGUAAAGAACCUGUUUAUAUAUACAUCAACUCAACUGGAACGGCUCGCGAUGAUGGUGAACCGGUCGGAAUGGAGAGCGAAGGUUUUGCAAUCUAUGAUGCAAUGAUGCGUAUGAAUACUGAGAUCCACACACUUUGUAUAGGAGCUGCAGCAGGUCAUGCAUGUCUUGUGCUUGCGGCUGGAAAGAAAGGCAAACGCUAUAUGUUCCCUCAUGCCAAAGCUAUGAUUCAGCAACCACGUAUUCCUUCUUAUGGGAUGAUGCAAGCAUCAGAUGUUGUUAUUCGUGCAAAGGAGGUUGUGCACAAUAGGAACACGUUGGUCAAACUUUUGGCAAGGCAUACUGGAAAUCCACCAGAGAAAAUAGACAAGGUAAUGAGAGGACCAUUUUACAUGGAUUCCUUGAAGGCAAAGGAGUUUGGGGUCAUCGACAAGAUCCUUUGGCGUGGUCAGGAGAAGUACAUGGCGGACAUGCUCUCCCCAGAUGAGUGGGACAAAGUUGCUGGAGUCAGACGUCCUGAUCCAAUGUGAUGUUAUACAUGAAAGAUCAACAUUUAGUUAGGCUCAAAGCUUGCAGGGGACAGAAACAGCUGGCGCUGAACAAUAAUGCUUGAUUAUCAAUGAUAAUGGUUGGUAAGAGCCAAGGGAUACUUGUUUAACUAGGUAAACUUAACUUAGAGCUCAGUGACGGGGGCUGGGCCAUCAAGAUGUUGUUAAUGGUCUCUGGAUGAGAGCAAGCACGUGUUUCUCAUGAAUUAUUGUUGUUCCCCACAUCAAUUCUAGCCCAGAUUUUGGUAUUUAUUAGUAUAUAGUCCACAUAUUUUGAUCGACCCAGUGGUUGAACUAGCCAAGUUCAUAGUAUUAUCACUUUAUCAGCACGUGACGCGAUGAGCAUAUGGUAGUUGAAAUUAACAUGGCCCUUGCGCGGUUGCCCUUUGUCCUUGUGUUCUGGACGUUGGAAAUCCUAUGUAUGGAUCAUAUAUGGUUUUCAACCAUCAAAGCACUCAAUACUCUAAAAAAACCAUCAAAGUACUAGACA